UCAAGAUAACAUGAUCUGUACAUUACAAAAUUGCGGGAGGUUAUUUUGCGUUGGUUUAUACUUCUUUUUAGCCGGAGUAGAAUUUGCGAUCAUUCUACCCACAUUGAAUGAAUAUAUUAUAUACUUGGAUGGACCUACGGGUUUUCUUGGAAUUAUCAUCUCAUCAUUCAGUCUUGCUGGACUAAUAUCAGCACCGAUAUAUGGACGAAUAUCUGAUAAAUCGAACGCGAAUAAACUGUGCGCCAUUGUUAGCUGUUUAUUUGGGAUUGUGGGGAAUUUUCUUUACUUCGUAGGUGGAGAUUAUCGAAUAUUGUUGGGUGCAAGACUUAUAUCUGGACUUGGAAAUGGAGCCAGCUCGGCGUACCUCGGCAUGAUCGCAAAGACGACAACGACAAAACAGAGAACCGGAGUAAUAACGUUAGUCGUAUUCAUGCGGGAAAUAGGUGUCAUUAUUGGGCCUGGUUUCAAUUUGAUAUUGAAUCAAAUAAAUUUCAAACUCGGCCCGUUUCCUGUGGAUCAAUUUACCUCUCCUGGACUUCUUAUGGCCAUUAUGUGGGCAAUACAUACAUUGAUUGUUUUAGCCCUAUUUAGAGAUGUUUCUGAAGACUAUGCGAAUGAAAAAAUAGACAUCAAUGACCCCGUACAGAGGCAUGAUGACCCUUUGCAGGAAACUGUUGUUCUUGAAACUGUGACGUCAGCAAAUCAACCCCCAAAAAGUUUUCGAGACGAAUUUUUUCGAAAAGAAGUUCUUGUUUGCCUUUUGCUAAAUUUUAACUCAUGGAUGUCCCUUACAUGUUUCGAAUCAGCAACAACACCAAUGAGUUUGCUCUUUUUCGACUGGGGAGGAGUUAGCAAUAGUGUUAUGUUUUGUGCUGGUGCUAUUACAGUCUGUAUAUCAUAUGCUGUAAUAGGUAUUGCUAACCGAAAAGUCACCGACAGGGUUAUUUUGCUGAUUGGUUGUUCAGGCGUAAUAGUUUGUUAUCUAAUUCUUAACGUCUAUUCUACCGUCUUAUUUCUUCAAGAAGCUGUUGGCCACGUUCAAUGGCUUUUGCCCGUAUUCUGGACUGAUUGGAUUAUUUUGACAAUAUCAUUUCCGCUUAUGAAUAUUUCCAUAAUUUCACUUUAUUCGAAGAUAACUUCCAUUGAAACACAAAGUUUUAAUCAGGGAGCAUUAUUAAUGUUUGCUGGCGCUGGCAGGAUCGUUGGCCCACUGUUGUCAACCUCAAUGGUAACUAUUGAGCGUCUGCCUAUUCUGAGUGGCGUGGUACUUUUUUUAUUGCUGGUGUCAAUGAUUGUAUUGUGUUUCACAUAUAAAAAACUCAUCCCUGCAAAAAUAUCGACUCAAAUGAAUGUUUCAACACUUGACAAAAGUCUAGAUGUGGACGAAGAAACGUCUUUGUUGAAAUAGGUCAAUUAAUUAUAUUUUUCUUGAAGGUUACGAUGCCAAAAAAGACUGCUUUUCGCAAUUUCUGAUGCUUGAAAGGUGAUAAGGCAAUAUGCGCCACGACUGCAUGGUUAAUGGUGCUCAAUAAUUAAUCUCUAUCAAUUUCAACUAUAUUAUAAUAUGAUAUUAAUCAUAACAUUGUUUGCAUUUGAGUCAAAUAUAGAUGGAAAAGAAAUGCAAUACUGCAUUCUAAACAUUUUAUAUAUAAAUAUAUAUUUAUAUAUAUAUAUAUAUAUGUAUUGCUGUGGCAAUUUCGAUAAUUAGUUGUAUACACAAGUCAAGCUUGCUUUUGAAACAAUUGAAUAUCAUUUCCUUUUCAACUUUAUUGCUUCCGUUCCACGCUCAGUUUAGUACAUUUUGUUCGUCCCAUCCAUGGAGCAGCUAGCUCAGUUGCGUAUUUGAAUGUGGUGGUUGAACAUUACAAAUUUAGCAAUCCUUUUUAUUGUAUGGCAAAAAUUAGGCCAUAAUUUUAUUCCGAUUUUUC